AUGCGGAGAAGGCGAGUGGAUUCACAAUCAUCUGCAGCACCUAGCUACCCCUACCUCCUUCUAUCAGACCGUAUCACCGCCGGCUCGUGUGACGGUGGACGAGAUUGGCCAACGUAG